CAAAGAAGUGUCCCUUUUAUUGUGCCAUCUUGACUUUUGGAACCCAUGCUGGGCCAAUUUCCUUAAGUGCCUCUAUAAAAGUCGACCCUAAUCCCCCAUGACAUAUCUUUAAAGCAUCUUCCUUUAAGUCCUUGCUUAUCCCAUUUGCCGAGCUCUCUGCAGUCUGGGAUCACAUCACAAGGACAGCAUUGGCAGCACUUGGCAUGAAGCAGUCGUGUCAUUGGCAAGAACCGCGAGUGGGAAUGAUAACGCAGAGAGUGAAACAAGACCUACCUGGACGACUUAGUUCUGGAAGAGGAGAGGAAGGAAUGUCAAAGUUCAAUUGCACUGUCAGUGACAUUACUGUAAUGAAUCUGCAACCUCAGAAACCCAUCCUAAUACUACCAGGAGGAGAAAAAAAGGAGAAUAAUCUCAGGCCUCCCAAUUUCCACCGCUCUGCUCCCAAUCUUUCAGAUACAAAGCUAACAAAUGAGGAGAUGAAAGUACCCAAAGAAGGGGGUAAAUCUUUCAAAUUUUAUGCAACAGAGGCUCAAAGCAUGGAUAAUCUUGCACUGAGGAGACCGAUGAAAUUGACUCCUCUUGAGAUCCCCUUGGAGGUGAAAGAAGCUCAGCUGAAGAAGAUCAUGAGCCUUCAAAGGGAUGCUCAACUGGCAGCUUUUAAACUAGCUAGUGUUGGCUCUUUUAAUAACGAGCCUCAUAUUAAACGGGUUAAAAAUGUGACACUGGCAGAGGUGGAAAAUCUUCACAAGGCCAAGUCAGUUGAGAAGUCCAAUUUAGAGAAUCAAGAAGAUAUUCAUUUAUCAGCUGGUUCUAAGCCCUUGUGUGAGAUUCAGAUUAUUGUGCCCACAGAGGGAAAUAGCAAGAUAGCGAAAAAUUCUCCCAUGCCAUGUCGUAAACCGCUAACCCGCCAGUAUGUGUUUGAGAACCUUGAAACCUCUGAUCCCCAAGAUGAUGCAAAGAUUCCAGACAAUCCUUCCCAGGGAUCUGGAAGACACCGUUUCAAACUGAAACAGAUGAAAGAGCCACAAGAGCACUCAGGAAAAAACAAGCCCCUGAAGGCCAUAGGAACGAACCAGGAGGAUGUAAAGUUGAAAACAACAUGCCAGCGAGCUCAUAAGACUCUCAGUGAUGCAACCAAGUUAAUUGACUCUGUAGCCAAAAAGCACAGAAGCCAAAGUAGCGAGCAAGAGGAGACAGAAGAAGAUCUCCUCAUGGGUAGGCAAUCCUCACGAAGAAUGGCUCUUGGGGACAUUAUCUUGGUUGAUGAUGAGUGAAACUGGACCCUAGCUCUUAUCCUUUCAGGCUUGAGUCCAGAAUAUUGGUGGUUUCUGCAUUGUCAUAUCCAUGAAGGAAAAUGACAUCUCAUUUCUCUCAACGAAUCUACAGGUAGUUUCAUAGAUAUAUAUUUAUAUCUAUAGAACAGAAUAGACUGUCUUUGGGAAUGGUGGACUCUCCUUCCUUGGAGGUCUUUAACAGAAGUUUGAUGACCAUCUCCCAGGAGCACUUUAGGUGUGUGCAGUCCCUUCUGAUUUUUGCAUUUCCUUCUGAUUCUAGGAUCUCCCUCUCUUUCUCUCACCCCAGUCCUCAUCCAGGAACUGAAAGUCUCUGAGGAAGUUCUUAUCUAUAAUCCAUCAGUGGGAAGAAUGCAUGUGCUCUAAUUGGGGGUACUCUUCCCUUGCAUUUUCCAUUGACUUCAAUGCUGGCUUCACAAUAGCACCAAGUUAAAACUUGGUCCUUUAUAUUUAACUCUUUACCAAAGUUUUUGUGGCUUAGAGAACAUGGAUAGACCAGUUGGUUUGAAGUAUACUGUAUUGUGCUAUAGUUUAAAUUGUUACAUGCUUUUUAAUUGUUUGCGAUUGCUCUCUUUUCUGUACACUGCCUUGAGAUAUUUUGAUAUAUAGAUAUUUUGAUGGGAGAUACAUAUUUUAAGAAAUAAACAAGCAUGCUGCUAACAGCUUUAUUAUGCCUGACGAAUGUGCAAUAAAUAUCACUUGACCACA